AUGACUACGCAAAAACGUGUCUUAGUUACCGGAGGUGCAGGUUACAUUGGUUCUCACACAGUUGUCGAAUUGAUUGAAAACGGCUACGAAUGUGUCAUCGUCGAUAACUUAUGCAACUCAUCUUACGACUCUGUCGCUAGAUUAGAAAUCUUAACUAAGCAUCAUAUCCCAUUUUACAAAGUCGAUCUAUGUGACCAUGAUGGUUUAGAAAAGGUUUUCCAAGAACAUAACAUUGAUUCCGUCAUUCAUUUCGCUGGUUUGAAAGCUGUCGGUGAAUCCACUCAAAUCCCAUUAACUUACUACCACAACAAUAUAUUGGGGACGUUGGUUCUACUAGAAUUGAUGCAAAAAUACCACGUUGAAAAAUUCGUCUUCUCCUCAUCAGCUACUGUCUAUGGUGACGCCACAAGAUUCCCUGACAUGAUCCCAAUCCCAGAAGAAUGUCCAUUAGGUCCAACUAACCCAUACGGUCAAACUAAACUAGGUAUCGAAAAUAUCCUAAGAGAUUUGUAUAACUCACAAAAGGAUAUUUGGAAAGUUGCCAUCUUACGUUAUUUCAACCCAAUUGGUGCUCAUCCAUCAGGGUUAAUCGGUGAAGAUCCAUUAGGUAUUCCAAACAAUUUAUUACCAUACAUGGCUCAAGUCGCUGUUGGUAGACGUGAAAAAUUAUACGUCUUUGGUAACGAUUAUGAUUCUAGAGAUGGUACUCCAAUUAGAGAUUAUAUUCAUGUGGUCGAUUUGGCUAAGGGUCAUAUUGCCUCUUUGAAAUAUUUAGAUGCAAUUGAUCAAAAGACUGGUAUUUGUCGUGAAUGGAAUUUGGGGUCCGGUACUGGUUCCACUGUCUUGGAGGUUUAUCGUGCCUUCUGUGAUGCCUCUGGUAUUGAAAUUCCAUAUGAAAUAACUGGUAGAAGAGCUGGUGAUGUUUUGAAUUUGACUGCUAAACCUGAUAGAGCAACAAAGGAGUUAAAAUGGAAGACAGAAUUGGAUGUUUCUAUUGCUUGUAAAGAUUUAUGGAAAUGGGCUACCGAAAAUCCAUUCGGUUAUCAAUUAAAUGGUAUUAGUGCUACAUUUGGUACCGAUGAGGAAGAAUUCGAUGGUAGAUUUGUUACUAUUGGUUCUGGUUCUAGAUUCCAAGCUACUAUUGCUAAUUUGGGUGCCACUUUAGUCGAUUUGAAAGUGGAUGGUCAAUCCGUUGUUCUAGGUUAUGAAAAGGAAUCUCAAUAUUUGACUCCAGAUACUUGUUACAUUGGUGCUACUAUCGGUAGAUAUGCAAAUCGUAUUGCUCAUGGUAAAUUUGCUUUGAAUGGUAAAGAUUAUCAAUUAACUAUCAAUAAUGGUGUUAACGCUAACCAUGGUAGUAUUGGUUCCUUCCAUGCUAAGAGAUUCUUAGGUCCAAUCUUAAAAAACCCAACUAAGGAUACAUUCACUGCUGAAUAUGCUUUGAUUGAUAAUUCUGAAGAUUCUGAAUUCCCAGGUUCUUUACAAGUCAUAGUUAAUUACACUUUGAAUGUUGCUACAAAGACUUUAGAUAUUGAAUAUACUGCUCAAGUUGAAGUAGAAGCUACUCCAAUCAAUAUGACUAACCAUACUUACUUCAACUUAAAUAAAUUAUACGGUUCUGAUUCUAUUGCUGGUACAGAAAUUAAAGUCAUUUCUAACAAAUCUAUCGAUGUUGAUGAAAAUGUUAUCCCAACUGGUAAGAUUGUUGAUAGAGAAAUUGCUACAUUUGAUGAUUCGAAGCCAACUGUCCUAGGUAAGGAAGGACCAGAUUACGAUUAUAACUUUUUUGUCGACGCUACUGCCACUCCAAAUCAAAUUGAUACUAGAGGUAACGAAUUGAAGUUAGUUACAACCGCUUACCAUCCAGAAUCUAAUAUUAAACUAGAAGUUUCAAGUACUGAACCUUCAUAUCAAGUUUACACAGGUGAUUGGUUAUGUGCUGGUUUCCAUCCAAGACAAGGUUUUGCUGUUGAACCAGGUAGAUAUGUUAAUGCUAUUAAUCAAGAUAAAUAUAAGGGAUCCGUUAUCUUGAAACCAGGUGAAACUUUCGGAGCCAAGAUUCAAUACAAAUUCAGCGCCUGA